UAGGAUCAAGAAGAAGAUGUGUUUGUUAUUAUCAUAGGCUGUCAUUUAUUUAAUUUGAGGUUAUUAAUUUUUACUGUUUCAAGCCGCGUUUUUCCCCGAUGGCUAACCAGGAUUUAUUGUCAGACCAAGGCUUGCGUCUAGACGGUCGAAGAGCACACGAGCUUCGCCGAAUUCGUUGUAAACUAGGAGUUUUCAGUCAGCCAGAUGGCAGCGCCUACUUGGAACAAGGCAACACCAAGGUCCUGGCCGCAGUAUACGGUCCUCACCAGGCACCAGGAAAGAAAAGCAACCACAGUGAGGUAAUCGUCAACUGCCAGUACAGCAUGGCCGUCUUCUCCACGGGUGAACGAAAAAAUCGUCCGAGAGGCGACCGCAAGUCGCAGGAAAUGACCAUACACUUGCAGCAGACAUUGCGCGCAGCUAUCAAGACUGAACUGUACCCAAGAUCACAAAUAGACGUGUUCAUAGAAGUGUUGCAGGCAGAUGGGGGUAACUACUGCGCCUCAGUUAACGCUGCUACUCUGGCUCUCAUUGAUGCGGGCAUUUGUCUUAAGGAAUAUGUUUGUGCAUGCACAGCAUCAUUAGCCAAUGGGAACGUUCCACUUAUGGACGUCUCGCACUUGGAGGAAGUUUCAGGUGGAGCCACACUUUCAGUCGCAUCGCUGCCCAGUUCAAAUAAAAUUGCUUUCAUGGAAAUGUCGCAGCGAUUUCAUCUGGACCACCUGCCCAAAGUGCUGGACCACGCACUGCAAGGUUGUCAGCAAAUUAUGAGCAUCCUCGACAAGGCUGUACGCGAGCACCUUGCGCUGGUGGGGUCGGCGUCCGAUUGGGGCAAUAUCGCAAAAUAAAACACGGUUUCCCUAA